CAGUUCCCAAUUCCCGUUUGCAGCUACUUCCAGUAGAGGUGCCAGCCCCAGAAGAGGAGAAAUGUGUACACCUCUGCGAAGGGCAUAACCAUCUUUCUUUCUGUACACCAUACACGAUUCGCCAAUUAAUUAAAAAAAUGCACAACUACCUAAUUUACGACACCAACAUGUAUAUUGCCUUCAUUAGUCCCUUUUUUUUAAUUCAUUAUACGAGUUGAAAGAAUAAGAGGCAUGGUCAUUAUGAAAAUAGCUCUAACGAUUGUUGUACUACACAAAGUUUUUGACAAGUCAAAACAUGCUCUACUUGUACUACAACACAACUACAAACCACACAUUUAAGAAACCACAGAAACAAAGAAAAACACGAUUUCUCUCUUUAGGUUUUCUUGUCUACAAAAGCCCUCAGAAUCCUACCGUUACCAAGCCAUGGAUCAUGACAACAUGCAUAACAUGUCACCACCAUCAUCAACGUUGGCUUCCGACAUGAUGAUGACGAUGCACAUGACGUUCUUCUGGGGUAAGAACACGGAGGUUCUCUUCUCCGGAUGGCCCGGGACAAGCUCCGGUAUGUACGCUCUUAGCCUCAUCGUUGUUUUCCUCCUUGCCGUAAUCACCGAGUGGCUCGCCCAUUCUCUUACCCUCCGUUGUGUUGGCUCCACUAACCGCGCCACCGGGAUCGUUCAGACCGCCUUGUACACACUCAGGAUUGGCCUCUCCUAUCUUGUGAUGCUUGCGGUGAUGUCCUUCAACGGCGGCAUUUUUAUUGUCGCUAUGGCCGGGUUUGCCGUCGGUUUCUUUCUCUUCGGAAGUACUGCUUUCAAGAAACCCUCCGAUGACCAGAAAACCGAUAAACUUCCCCCUCUGUCGUCAGGUUGCGUUUGAUGAAAAUUUUCUAUAAAGAACUUUCUAUUUGUGAUGAGCCCUUUGUCACAAAAAAAAAACUUUCUAUUUGUGUGGUUUGCUUUGCUUUGAGUUUUAAUCACUUUGUCACAAUUGAUUUUCUUUGGUAGUUGUACAAAUAAUUUCAACAAAGAAUUUGAUUCUUAGAACUAAUAAAGUUAAUAUAUAUGUACGUAUUAUAAUAAAAA